AUGGAUCCCGCAAAGUUGGCCAAGCUGCAAGCUUCUGGUUUGUUCAUUCCAAUAGGAAAGGGUACACCGCGACGAAAAGUCAAGAAGGUCCAUAAGAGCUCCGGCACCGAUGACAAAAAGCUACAGUCCUCCUUGAAAAAGUUGAACGUCCAGCCCAUCCAGGCGAUUGAAGAGGUCAACAUGUUUAAAGAGGAUGGCAAUGUCAUCCACUUCUCUGCCCCUAAAGUUCACGCUUCCGUUCCCGCAAAUACAUUUGCUAUAUACGGAAACGGUGAGGACAAAGAACUUACUGAACUUGUCCCAGGGAUCUUGAAUCAACUCGGACCCGAUUCGCUGGCCUCGCUACGGAAAUUGGCUGAAAGCUACCAGUCGCUACAGAAGAAGGAAGGUGGUGACGACAAGAAGGAAGACGAUGAUGAUGACGAUAUUCCAGAUCUUGUUGCCGGAGAGAGCUUUGAGGCUAAGGCCGAGUAA